AUGGCAAAGGAAUUCCCAAUGCCACGCGCCGACAUCCUGCUGCACACUGGAGACAUCUCCGACCAUGGAGAUGAUGCAGAGAUCGCAGAUUUCAACGAAUGGCUAGGCGAGAUCAAGCACCACUACAAGUACGGUGUGCUUUUGAUUUCAGGCAAUCACGAUUGGAUGUCUCAGCUGGGCCGCGUUCAAGCAUGGCAAGCCGAGCCCGAGGUGCUGCUUUAUCCGAAACACCUGCAGGACAAAGUGCCGAAUGCCCGAGUGCUACACCACGAGCUUGUGGAGGUUGCGGGAGUCAGGAUUUUCGGAUCAGAUUGGUGCCCAUGGUUUGGGUAUGCAGCUCCUGGAGAUUGGUGGAAUAUGGAGUGGACACAAGCAAGGCAGCGCGUCUUCGCCGCCUGGAAACAGCAGGCCUUGAGAAAUGGCAGCAGUGAUCCAGUUCCGACGCAUCGAUAUGCGGAGAUCCCCGGAGGUGUUGACAUCCUGAUGAGCCACAUGGCGCCCUGGGACAUCUUCGACCAGACUCUCUAUGGCCAGUGGGGUUCUAGCAAGGAUUUGCGCUCCCACCUGGAAGCCAUUCGACCGAAGGUGCAUCUGUUUGGCCACAUCCACGAGAACAGAGGUGCAUGGCAGCGCUGGAGCCCGUCCAAGGCGUACAUGGGCGGCGUGGAGUAUGAGCCGUUGCCCGGCAAGAAGUUUUGCCCGCGCCCCCCGCCAAAUGCGACGUAUCCUUCGGACUUGAUUCUGAACAACGCCCAGAUGAACAACCAGUUCUUGGAUCAGACGUACACCCAUUCCUGGGGCCCUGUUGAAAUCAAGGCGCCUGGCAAGCUCAUCACGGCUAAAUGGAGUGGAGGGCAGUGGCAUUUCUCCGCCGAGCGCUGCGAUUCGGCAGCAUCUCGGGUCAGCUCCUGA